AUGUCCACUCGAAGCUUCCUAUGGAGUCUAGCUAAAAAGUAUUUCACCGCCGGUCUGAUUGGCCUCACAAUUUCCGAUCGGUACGCAAGCUUCAUGGCCGUUCGCGGCUCAUCAAUGUCUCCCACUCUGAAUCCCCAUGCCGGAGACUCGACGGGAUUCGUGCUCGAUGACUAUGUAUUGGUUGAGAAAUUAUGCCUUGAGAAGUACAAGUUCUCGAGGGGCGACGUUGUAGUUUUUCGAUCCCCGAUUAAUUAUAAGGAGAAAAAUGUGAAGAGAAUUGCUGCCUUGCCCGGUGAUUGGAUCUAUCUUUCGUCACAAGACACUGUUAGGGUCCCGGAAGGGCAUUGUUGGGUCGUGGGAGACAAUGCAGCUUCUAGCUUGGACUCGAGAUCACAUGGUCCGAUCCCUUUGGGCCUGAUAUGCGGACGAGUCACCCACGUCGUGUGGCCGCCUCAAAGGAUCGGUGGAGUAAAUAGUAAAAUCAGCAUAUUGCCUGAAAUGCAAGUUCAUGCUUCAGAAGAACACACACAUUGA